AUGGACCUGGGUCACAAGGCUGUUGCGGGCGAUGCGACCCCCGCAGCGGAGGUGCAACAAUGUCCGGACAUAUAUUCCCAACCGGAGAGCCGCAGAAGCACUCCAGAUAUACUUUCAGGCGUGCCAUCUCCUACAAACUCCACCGAGACCGCGGGCAUGUCUCUGAUCAGCAGUCCGACGCCGACGCAAAUCGACCCAUUUGCUACAAAUAUUGGUGGAACCGCAGGGAAUGGCACUCCUAGCAUAUCAUCAUGGAGUUCAAACUCGGACAGGCAGCUUGGUCACGCCUUUGGAGACGACCGAGUGUUCCCUAUACGAUCGGUGCUAACCGUCGAUAACUCGGGCCACUCUGGAGAGCAGUCUGAUUAUUUUCCGCAACGUUACAGUCAUGAAGACGCCCCGCAGUCACCCCGAGGAGCUUUAAGGUCGUUUAUGGAUAUUGGAGGUCUUGGGAGGCGUCCGGGACCUGCCAGUGAGGAGCACGGCUCUUCCACUGUGACAUCGCCUAGCGAACGUGUUAGUCGAGCCGAGCCAGGGGGAAGACAAAGGCAGAAUACCGGCACUGGAUCUGUCGUGAGCAUCCAUGGGGAUCUCAGCCGCCAUACCACCUUUGUUGAGCCGGUACCAAUUAGCUUGGACGAUGAUUCAUCGGACGAUGAAAGUGAAAAGCCGCCAUCCAUCCCGGCGGCAGCAAAGGCUGAGCCCAAUGAUGGGCAAUCGAUAACCGACGAGUCGGUGGAUGAAAACUUGACGACCGUAAGGUUUGAGCAUGUGGUAACUGAGGAGGGCCAUGCUGUCAUCACGGGAAGGUCCGGAAAAAUCCAACGCUGCGAGGACGAGCCUAUCCAUGCACCUGGCGCGGUCCAGGGCUUCGGUGCGCUGGUCGCCCUUGCCGAGGACGAGAACGGUUGUCACCUAGUGCACUACGCAAGUGAGAAUACGAAGCAAAUACUGGGGUUUUCUCCCCAACGGCUCUUUAGUCUGGAAAACUUCUUUGACAUUCUCAGCGACGAGCAAGCCGAGAACAUGCAGGACCAUAUGGACUUUAUCAGGGACGAGGAAGCGAACCCCGAAGCUAACGGUCCCGAGGUGUUCAGCAUUUCCAUUCGCCACCCAAAAGCGGAACAGAACACGAAGACAAGGCCUAUCAAGCUUUGGUGCGCCAUGCACAUCAACCCGAAACGUCCCGAAAUGGUUGUGUGCGAAUUCGAGCUAGAUGACGAUGAGGCGAACCCUUUGAGGCCACCCGGCGAGGCCACGCCUGAAGUACCAACAGACACAUUGCAAGCGAAUCCCACCGCUGAGGAGCUCAUGGAGAGCACCGAGGUUUUGAGCAAGCCCAUCAGAGUUCUGCGCAGCGCUCGUAAGCGAAGGGGUGAGGCCGGCGCCAUGCAGAUUUUUGAUAUUAUGUCGCAAGUACAGGAGCAGCUUGCAACUGCCGAAAGCCUGGAGAAAUUCCUCAAAAUUCUUGUCGGCAUUGUGACAGAGUUGACCGGCUUCCACCGUGUCAUGAUAUACCAGUUUGACGCCGAGUUCAACGGCCGCGUGGUCACGGAGCUAGUCGAUACGGCCCAGACGAGGGAUCUUUACAAAGGUCUUCACUUCCCUGCAUCUGAUAUCCCGAAGCAGGCUCGUGACCUAUACAAGAUUAACAAGGUCCGACUAUUAUAUGACCGGGAUCAGCCAACGGCGCGCCUGGUCUGCCGAUCCACCGAAGAUCUCGAGAAGCCUUUGGACCUGACCCAUUCUUACCUCAGGGCCAUGUCCCCGAUUCAUCUCAAAUACCUCGGCAACAUGGCUGUGCGCUCGUCCAUGUCGAUAUCUAUCAAGGCAUUCGAUGAGUUGUGGGGCCUGAUAGCCUGUCACUCAUACGGGCCGAGAGGAAUGCGCGUCUCGUUUCCCAUCAGGAAGAUGUGUCGUCUCGUAGGAGACACUGCCUCUAGGAAUAUCGAGAGACUAUCAUAUGCAUCUAGGCUUCAAGCCAGGAAGCUCAUUAAUACGGUGCCGACCGACAAGAACCCGUCGGGAUAUAUUGUGGCAUCAUCUGAUGAUCUCUUGAAGCUGUUUGACGCCGACUAUGGAGCAGUCUCGAUUAGGGACGAGACCAAGAUACUCGGAAAGCCCGAAUCGACACAGGAAAUCCUAGUCAUACUCGAGUACCUGCGCAUGAAGAAGUUCACGGCAGUGUUGACGAGUCAGGACGUGACUGUGGACUUUGGUGACCUCAAGUACGCCCCCGGCUUUCAGAUGAUCGCCGGCUGCCUCUAUGUCCCGCUCAGCGUCGGCGGAAACGAUUUCAUAGUGUUUUUCCGUCGGGGUCAGGUUCGUCAAGUGAAAUGGGCGGGCAAUCCGUACGAAAAGAUCGUACAGGAAGGUACACAAUAUUAUCUAGAGCCGAGGAAGAGUUUCAAGGUGUGGCAUGAGACGGUCGUAGGCAAAUGUAGAGAUUGGUCUGAAGAACAGGUCGAAACGGCGGCUGUUCUCUGUCUAGUAUACGGUAAAUUCAUCGAGGUCUGGAGGCAAAAGGAGGCUGCUCUCCAGAGCAGCAAGCUCACGAAGCUGCUCCUCGCCAACUCUGCCCACGAAGUCAGGACACCCCUAAACGCCAUCAUCAAUUACUUAGAAAUCGCUCUUGAAGGAUCCCUUGAUCAAGAGACCAGGGACAACCUAUCCAAGUCGCAUUCCGCCUCGAAAUCCCUCAUCUAUGUCAUCAACGAUCUGCUUGAUCUCACCAAGGCAGAAGAAGGCCAGGAGCUGAUCAAAGACGAGAUCUUCGAUCUUCCAGCCUGCAUCCAUGAGGCGACGGAGCCGUUCACCUCGGAUGCCAGGCGCAAAGGCAUUGGCUACGAGGUUAUUGAGCAUCCCGGUCUUCCAAGAGCCGUAUAUGGUGACCAACGCAAGGUCAGGCAGGCCGUCGCCAAUGUUACGGCCAAUGCCGUCCAACACACAUCGCAAGGCUCUGUCAAGAUUGAGUUUUACGUCGUCGAGGCGGAUGUCGAGCGACACAAGGUCAAGGUUGAGAUUGCGGUUCAGGACACGGGUUCGGGCAUGUCGAAUGCUCAAUUAGACGCGCUCUUCCGUGAACUUGAGCAGGUCAGCAUCGAUGAUGCUGCACCGUUGGAUCCAAGUGGUCCAGCCACGACCGAAUCCAACGAGGCGCAGUCGCCUAGAACUCUCGGUCUGGGCAUCGCAGUCGUGGGCAGGAUCGUUCGAAACAUGAAUGGACAGCUGCGCCUCAAGUCGGAAGUCGGCAAAGGCUCCAGAUUCGUCAUGCAGUUCCCAUUUGAUAUGCCGACGGACGACUCACCAACGCCGCAGGAUGGGAGCAGCGUGGCAGUGCAUUCGGUUGCGGAUUCGAAUACCGGAUCGCUGUCAGGCAGUGGUCGUCUCGAAGGGGAAGUCACUUUGAUUGACGGUGGGCCUGUUGUGGACGAGACUGGGCUCUUCCAUGGCCCGUCGCUCAAGAGGAGCUUUGAGGACGCGGCUAGCAUUACCAGCCGCAACAGUGGCAACAGCAGGACUAGUCUGAAGAGCAGGAAUAGCGUGAGGAGCAAGGGUAGUGCCAAGAGCAACAUCAGCGACGCGGACCGCUUGAUAGACGCAAUCCAGCUGCCCCUAGAGUUUGGCCAGCCAGAUUCGCAACGGGUCGGACUCGAGCGUCGGAAUUCAAAAGGUGCUUAUUAUCAGGCAGGACCCAGCAGCUCACACAGCCGAAGAGCAUCGAUCAGUCCGGCUGCAACGAGGAGGUCUGACAGUAUGAGUCGCUACUCAGCUCACCGUGCGGACGGCGCCAUGGCCACAUCGACUGAGGCUGCAGUGGGGAUUCAAUAUGUGACAGAUGCAAAGAUGCCUAUGAAACCUGUCAGGAUCGCCGAUGACGACGAGAUUCACGAUCGCCCCCAACAGCCGCACCAGAGUCAGACAUCUGGCGUGCUCUUUGAACUGCCAGACGACGGCUCCAAGCCGCCGAGGAGUUCCGAUGCGCAUUCAAUCAGCACUGCGGCUCCUUCGGAAUACCAAGCGCCACUACGGGUCCUCUGCGCCGAGGAUGAUCCGAUCAACAUGAAGUUGUUGAGAAAGCGAUUGGAGAAGGCCGGCCAUGUUGUUUCUCACACGGUCAACGGCGCUGAUUGUGCAUCUGUAUACAAGGAGUUACCCAGCUCCUUUGAUGUGAUUCUGAUGGAUAUGCAGAUGCCGAUUGUCGACGGUCUCGAUAGCACCAAGAUGAUUCGUGCCUUUGAAAUUGAAGAGGAGACAAAGCCCGACGGUGAAUCUACCACAUCUGGAAGGAAAAUUCCCAUCAUUGCCGUCUCGGCCUCGCUACUGGAAUCUAAAAAGUCGGCAUACGUCGACGCAGGUUUCGACGGCUGGAUUCUGAAGCCCAUCGACUUUAAACGUCUGGAAACUCUGCUCACCGGCAUUGGCGAUUCGGCCGUGAGGAAUGACUGUCUAUAUGAACCCGGCUGUUGGGAGAGAGGAGGCUGGUUCUUUGAGAAAGACCGGGCUGCAAGCAAUGAGGCUAGCGGAUCCGAUGCCGAAAAGGAGAAAGACGAGCCGAAGGGACCUUGA